UCUACGACUCUACAAUAAUUAUCACAUUCCCAUCCCACUAUAUAAAUACUUGACUCAUUUUAGCCGAAUCCUAUCACUCUGCAACAUGACACUCAUGGGGAGCUUGUUAGAAUCUCUGAGCCCUUCCAUUUCAUGGCUAUCAAUUCUCAUUCUUACUGCCCUUUUGGUUGUUUUGCUGCUGCCUAAAGAAUCAGACCACAAUUUGGCACCAAGCCCUCCAAUGCUUCCUUUCCUAGGCAACAUUCACCAGAUUGGCAAGCUCCCUCAUUACUCAAUGUACAAGCUAGCACAGAAGUAUGGCCCUAUCAUGCACCUCAAGCUCGGUGCAGUCCGGGCUCUGGUGAUCUCGUCUCCAGAGAUGGCGAAAGAGGUGCUUAAGGUUCAUGACAUUGAGUGUUGCACGAGGGCUGAGUCGUAUGGGACGAGGAAAUUUUCUUAUAAUCAGAAGGAUAUUUCGUUCUGUGGGUAUGGGGAUUAUUGGAGGGAGAUGAGGAAGCUGGCUGUUAUUGAGCUUUUUACAGUCAAGAGGGUUCGUUCUUUUGAAGAUGCUAGAGGUAAAGGGCUGACUAAAAUGGUGGACAUUAUUGCUAAAGAAGCUGCGGAUCCUGGCAGGAAGGCUAUUCAGAUUAAUGAAAGGAUAUUCUCGCUCACCAAGAAAUUUAUAUGUGAUGUUGCUUUUGGGACUAGCUAUGAAGUGGAGAAGCUCAAAGACUCUGAAAUUGAGAGGACUUUUAUUGAAGCCAAUGCCAUGUUUAGUAGCUUCUGGGCUUCAGAUUUCUUCCCAUCUUUCGGAUGGAUCAUUGAUACAUUAACUGGAGUUCAACGCAAGCUGGAUAAAAGUUUUGAUGAGUUUGAUCAGUUCUACGAGGCUGUGAUCAAUGAACAUCUUGACCCUAAUAGGCCUAAAUCGGAACAUGAAGAUAUCACUGAUGGCUUGAUUGCUAUGUCAAAGGAUCCAACCUGUCCUGUUCGUCUUACUAAGGAUCAUAUCAAGGCGGUCUUUAUGGAUCUAUUUCUGGCUCCAAUAGACACUGGUUCUGCUACUCUGGUAUGGGCGAUGACCGAGCUUAUUAAGAACAAAAGGGUGAUGAAAAAGGUCCAAGCUGAAGUGAGACAAGUAAUGGGAAACAAACAAAAGGUAGAAGAGAGCGACUUGGAGAAACUCAAAUACUUCAAAUUGGUUGUAAAGGAAACACUGAGGCUGCACCCUCCAGUUCCCCUGCUAUUACCUCGUGAAGCGAUGACACACUUUAAAGUUGGUGGCUACAAUGUACUCCCCAAAACAAAGAUCUUUGUUAACGCAUGGGCGAUCAACAGAGACCCUACUGCUUGGGACAGUCCACUCGAAUUUUACCCUGAGAGAUUCGAAAAGAAUGAUGUGGAUUACAAAGGCCAGCAUUUUCACUACAUUCCAUUUGGCGCUGGUCGCAGAAUGUGCCCUGGAAUGACAAUGGGCAUAGCUACUGUGGACUACACACUUGCGACAUUGCUGAACUUUUUCGACUGGGAUUUGCCUGCUGGAAUGAAGCCUGAUGACAUCAAAAUGGAUGAAAAAGUUGGCUUAACAAUUCACAAAGUGAAGCCACUCUACCUUGUGCCUACCAAGUACCAGCCAUAAAUCAUAAGUCGAAUCUAUUUGUAUGUACUUUAUCUUGUCACACUACAAUAAGGCAGGCAUAUAAAUCAUAUAAGUAUAAAUCAUAUAAGUAAUCUACUAAAGUGCUUGUUGUACUCAGAUUGGUCUGAGGUAAGGGUUAUGUCCUACCCAUGCCCACUUUAUUAUUCAUAAUAUCAUCUUGUUAUUGCCAAGAA